UGUAACCCACGUGACCGCCACGCCCCAACCACCUUCCCUUUAAGCCGUCCCUUUAACAGCUGGGACCCUCAUGUGUAUUUCCGGGUUUCCACUGUGCUGCUGCUCACUGUUGGUUGUGGCGUUGGUUGUUAAUAAAACAAUCUCAAAUCUCCAACUCGACUCAUCGCUGAACGAAUUCAUCUCUAAAACUCGAGGAUCUGCGGUUGGGCUUUGUUGAUGCCUGGUUUACCUUCUGAUGAGAACAAGUAACAUCCACUUCCUCAAACAAGCCGUUACUCGACGGUCAGGUUUUUUUUUUCCCCCUUCAUCGACUCGCUUGCUGAAGGAGGAUGGCGAGCUACCCACACACCACCUGGUGGUAGGAAAAAGAAAGACACUCUCCACACAGGAAAACCAAACAACACUUUCCAUACAGGAAACAAAAUAAACUCUAAGGGAGUAUCUAAAGGAAAAGAACAAUUCUCCCGUUGCUCUUGGACUUUUGAACUACAUUUGGUUUUGAAGUAUUAUUGAUUAUUUCUUUUUCGGUUUGUUCUUUUUUUUCCCCGUCCUUGUUUCUUUUGAACAAUUUCUCUUUGUUUAGUUUUUUGCUGUUAGUAUUAUUAUUAUUAUUAUUAUUAUUAUUAUUAUUAUUGUCAUUAUUAUUAUCAUUACUAUUUCCACUGCAAUAAAUGGCAAUAUAAACAAAGCUCUUUGCAUCAGUUGCAUCAAUUAUCCACCCAAUCAUGACUCCAUGCCGUACCUAUUUCUGAUUUUAUAGAGUGGUUAACACUAAGCCCUGCAGUCAGACCUGCGCAUUUAAGAAAAGCGUUACAUGUGGCGAGCUAGCCAGGAGUCUUGUAGUGGGUGAAUAAUUGCAUAAUUCCACAGUACCUUUAUUCUGGAUGUGUUAUCAUUAUCAAUAACAAAAACAAAAAUGGAUGUUGUUACUCAGCUGGGGUUAAACAUGCAACGAUCUGUGUUAGUUACUGGCACUCAGAGCAGUGAGGAUGAAAAAGAGAUAGUUGAUCGUUUACAAUGUUAUGGUGCAGUAAAAGAGGUUUUCCAUGUCAGUGAUCCACAAAGUACAUUUUAUAAAAACCUGAUUGUCGAGUUUGAAGAAGAUUCUACAUUAAAUGCACUACAACCCCUUUUCCCAUAUAAUUACCCUUCCAGAACCACAGUAGAUGCGAUAUUUCGUGUUACUUCUCUCGCUUCAGAGUAUGCAGCCUCAGUGAGUAGCAGCAGCCCUCCCAUGGACUACAUUGAUGAGCUGAAGAACAUAGCUAAACGAAGCGGAAAACGGUUUGAGGAGGUCCUGAAAGGUGUAAUGGAUCAAAUCAGCACACAUUUGGAGACAACAGGAGAUGAUGAUGGUGAUGAGGACGAUGAUGAUGGUGGUGAUGAUGGAGAUGAUGGUGGUGAUGAAGAGGAGGAAGAAAAAAAAGAAGACAUCCUUACCUUAGCACAGUCUGUGCAAAGUCAGCAGAUGUUACCAACUGUGCCUCAAGCCUCUUCACCUCCUCCAACCCAUUCGUCCACUGAUCAGCAGGGAGCACCUCCUGGACCCAGUCACUCCCGUAUACCACCAACCCAGAGGGUUCCUUUGUCGAGGAAUGACCUUAUUCCACAGGACGUUCAAAGAGUUGUGGUGGAGCAUGUUGUACAAAAUAGUGACUUUUCCACAUCUUCACUUAGACUCCGCUCAUUUUCAGGAAAAAUUCCUAAACCAAGCAAUGAAGCGGACUAUGACUCAUGGCGAUCUCAAAUCGAACUGUUACUUGCUGAUCCCAGCCUUUCCAGAUUGCAUGUUAAUCGGCGAAUUGUGGAAAGUUUGUUGUCGCCAGCUGCAGAUUUAAUUAAAUGUUUGAGCCCUGGUGCACCACCUUCCACUCUUCUUCAAGUCCUUGAUUCAGCUUUUCAGACAGUGCAGGAUGGAGAGGAGCUUUUCGCUCAGUUUUUAAACAUUUUCCAAAAUCCUGGAGAGCGGCCAUCUUCCUAUCUCCAGCGAUUGCAGCUUACCCUCAACACAGUAAUAAAAAGAGGAGGAAUAUUACCAAGAGACAAAGACACACAUUUACUUAAACAGUUCUGCCGGGGAUGCUGGGACAACUCAGUCAUCUCCAAGUUGCAACUUGAGGAGAAAAAAAGCAAUCCUCCCCCAUUUUCUGAACUUUUGUUGUCACUCCGGACAGAGGAGGACAGACAAAUUGCUAAAGAAUCUCUAAUGAGAAAGCACAUUCAUUCAUCUAAACAAAAAGUGACCAUUCAGUCUCAGAGUACCUGCUCUUGUGGUCAUGUCACAGUUAAUGAAGAACUGAAAGAAUUAAAAAAGCAGAUUCAGCAACUCCAACGGCAGAUGUCUUCCUUCAUGUCCAGAAAGACACCUGUUGAUGCAAAAUCAGAACUGCAACAGACCAAGUCUAAGCCAAGGACCAGCAACACCUCACCUCAGACCGCUGGAAGACCAAAGCCAGGGUACUGUUUUAACUGUGGUGAGGAUGGUCAUAUGUCUUCCCAAUGUAGUAACAAAGCAAAUCCAAGCCUUGUGGAACAAAAGAAGAAACAGCUUCGUCAGAAACAACAAGCGUGGGAUGGACAAAAGUCAAGUCAGCAGUUAAACUAAAUGCAGUUCCUGCUGAGGGACACCCAGGAGCUGCCACCAUCAGCUGUCCCAACCCCCAUUCUGAAUCACAUUUUGUAUUACCUAAGGGUCUCAUCGGUACAAAGAGCAUGGGCCAAAUCCAAAUAAAGGGGACAAACUUCAGCUGCCUCCUUGACAGUGGGUCGCAAGUCACUACAGUACCACAUUCAUUUUAUAAUACCCACCUCUUUGACCAUGAAAUUAUGUCUCUGAACAAUCUGUUGGAAGUUGAGGGCGCCAAUGGCCAAAAUGUACCAUACCUUGGGUACAUUGAAUUAAAUUUGACUUUUCCACCUGAAUUUCUUGGCUCACCAAUUGAAGUGGACACCCUAGCUUUGGUAGUCCCAGACACCAAAACCACACAU